AUGGUUCUAAGACCAAAGCCUGAUGCCAGCUAUGCCUCGGUGCGACUUACAAAAAAGAACUACACUGGCCAGCCGCUAUUAAGCCAGGUCGGAGGCAGGAAAAUCCGCGAGGACAGCAGGUAUGGAAAGAGCGACAGCCAGCAAAGCAUGAAAAAGAAAGAGCGCCCGGAACCUGCGACGGACGACGAGCCCCUCAGCUCCAGCGACGAUGAGAGUAGCGAUAGUCAAGCGUCCUUGGGAAGCGGGAAAGAGAAUGGCAAUAGCAACACAGACAGUACAAAAGGCAAUGACGGAAGGAGCGGCGGGGAACUGCAGGGAAUCAGGAGGUCUGCAAGGCAGAAACCUGCUGCCCGCCAGCAGCAACAGGAACAACAGAAGUCGUCUCCCAAGCGGUCCUUCAGUCAGACGCUGGACCAAGACGAAGAUGAACCGUUUCCAGAAUUCAUGACGUCGUCACAGGCAUCGAAGAGGCGCAGAAAUGUUAGCUACGGAGGCUACAAGAACAUCCACGCCUCUUCAUCGUUCCGAGUUCCCAGCUCCAGCAUAGAGAAUGCGGUGUCGUCGCAGAAAUCGUCGCCUGGUUUCAAGACCCCGAGGAAGAUCCCAGGUGUCGAUGAAUCUCCAGUCAAAAAACCGGAGGAUAGCCAAGACGAUGGAUUCAAGGUUCCUAUUGAUAUCGAUCUCGACAGUCCCGUAUCUAAGGGUCGGACCGGUUCGAAGAAGACUGGGAAAGGCCGCGAUAGAAGCAAUUCGGAUUCUGGGUUCCAGAUGCCACCCGGACCCAAUGACCAUGACGUUGCAGCACAGUUGUCUCAGGGCGCAGGGUUUAAAGAGCCACCCCCUCUACCAAGUAACAGUAUCUCCAGCUCGUCUCUCACGUCCAGUAAUCCAAUGAUCGAUAACGACAAUGACGACUUGCCGUCGUCUUCGCUAAGCUCGAUUAGCUCCAGCUUCUCGAUACCGGAGGACAUAGCACCCUCUAGCAAGGAGAAGGCAUCCGAACCUGCCACGAAUCAGUCUCUCUGCCCCAUGUGCAAAGAGCCAGUCGAUCCGGCGCUUCUACAAGAGUUCCUGGCGCAGUCGGAUCAACGCGUUCGGGAACAAGAACGCUUCUGCGAGAGACAUAAGAAGAAAAGCGCCCAGAAGGAAUGGAUUGACAAGGGAUAUCCUACGAUCGACUGGGAUACAUUCGAUGAGCGGAUUCGGCGUCACUUCCCCAGCCUCGAGAAGAUCCUCGUCCCGGACUCUCAUUCCUUUUAUAGAAACAUUCUUGAUUCGACGAUGAAAGCGGGCAAAGCAAAGAAUUUUAGGUUGACGGUUAAUGAUGAUCUGGAAAAUUUGUCCUGUGGGUAUUAUGGAUCGAAGGGUGCGAGUAGGAUGUUGCAAGCCGUGACGACGGAAUUCUCACGCAAGCUGCGGCAACUGGCAGCCUAUGACAACGUCAUUAAAACCGCCGGGGUGGCAGCUUAUGCGCAGGCAGUACUUGUCCCCGAGUUGAGUGUGCUCCUGGUCAAGGAGGAUAUGAACGUAAGCGACGAAGAAGCUCGCCAGAUUCUGCGAGAGAGCAUGGACGUCGGCGAGAAACUGAACUCGGCUCCGAACGAUGUGGUCCCUGUGCAGGACGACUUGACUGCCAGCAAUUGA